CCCAUCAUGGCCACGCGCACUACCACUAUAGCGACUGCACUGCCGCCAGCUGAGGAGAUCGAGCUCAGCGCUAUCAGAGCGGUCGGUAAGCGGGAUUCUGAUAGUGUGUCCAGGAUUUCUGUGUCGGCUAUGGAGGCCCCGCCGGGCGGGGAAGCAGACAGCAAAAGAUCGAAAGCUAGACUUUAUCUACAGCUUGCAACACUCUACUGGACCAUGUUCCUCUUAGGCUGGAACGAUGGUACACAAGGUCCAUUGCUGCCUCGCAUUCAGAGCGAUUACCGCGUGGGAUUCAUCCCCGUAUCUCUUUUGUUCGUCUUCCAAUGCCUGGGUAGCUUUAUUGGUGCCAUGAUGAACGUCACUCUUGCACACCGAAUUGGAUUUGGAAAGAUGAUGGCAGCUGCAUCCUUGGCUCAGCUACUUGCCUACAGUCUGCAGGCCGCCAUGGUUCCCUUUCCAGCUUUCAUUUUUGCUGCGUGUGUCAACGGCAUUGGCAUGGCCAUUCAGGAUGGGCAAGCAAACGGGUUUGUCGCCUCUUUGGAAAACAACUCCAUCAUGGGCUACCUGCAUGCCGCUUACGGUGCUGGCGCUUUUGCUGCACCGCUCGUUGCGACGCAGUUCUCACAACUUCCCCGCUGGUCGUUGUUCUACCUGAUUUCUCUAGGUAUCUCCGUUGCGAACACCUUGCUCCUCAGCUAUACAUUCCGCUUUAAGAGCCUGGAAAGCUGUCUAGCGGAUGUCGGUCGCGAAUCAGGCGAGCAGGACACCACUGAAACGGCCCAUUUCAAACAAAUUAUGAAGAACAAGACCGUCCAUCUCUUGGGAAUCUUCAUCUUGCUCUAUGUCGGCGUCGAAGUUACUCUGGGAGGCUGGAUUGUGACCUUCAUGAUUGACGUCCGCGGUGGCGGCUCGUCCGCUGGUUAUGUUUCCUCUGGGUUCUGGGGCGGAUUAAUGGUCGGUCGUGUCAUCCUCCUCUGGCUCAAUAAGAAGCUGGGCGAGUACCGGGCACUACUACUUUACUCGUUCGUGGCAAUUGGACUGCAGCUCGUCGUGUGGCUCGUCCCGUCCUUGAUCGCCGGUGCGGUGGCGGUUUCUUUUAUUGGCGUCCUCCUCGGGCCUACCUAUCCUCUUGCGAUGAACCACGCAGGGCGCGUCUUGCCUCGCUGGAUCCUGACCGGGUCAAUUGGCUGGAUUGGCGCGGUCGGGACAGCCGGCGCUGCGUUCUUCCCCUUCUUGACCGGUAUUCUUGCGUCGAAGGAAGGUAUCAAGGUGCUUCAACCGCUUGUCGUAGGAAUGAUCUCAGCGAUGGCUAUCGUUUGGGCAAUUAUUCCACGGGGUCGUCAACGCCCCGAAUGAGUAAGACGUAGCUAACGACAACGGGCGAGUCCAUUAGUAGAUGCGUAGAGUCUGGUGGAUGUAUGUGUGCUGAGUAUGAUGGACAUGGUAUGCUACAGGCAAUGCGACAAAAAUGCGAUUAAUAAUGCCAAGAAAAUUAUGCAAAUGGUUGUAACCAAUAAAAUCAUGCAAAAGACUUCAAUCCUCUUCCUCUUUUCGCCUUCGCCUUUAGGUUAGCGCCAGCCUUUUUCGAUGCAGGUAUGUAGGAGGUAUUUGCGUCGGAGUUAUCGGAGUCAUCAUCACUAGACGAAUCGUCAUCCUCCUCCCAAGCGGUCUUCCGAAGAGUUGACUGGUUCAGCUUGGAAGUAGUCAUCGGUGGAGUGGAAGAAUAGAGGCCGGCAAAGCUAGGUGCUUCCCGGGCUAGCUCAGAUAGUCGGCGAUAUGGACCUUUCGGUGGCUUCGGCCUCAAUUUAACUGGCGGCACCGUAGACGCUUUACUACCCUCUGCCUCGUCAGAACCUAUGGCCUGUUCCUGCUCCUGAGCGCUCAUCCCGUUUACCUGAGAGUAGGGAUAAACAGGAUUUUGAGAUAGCAUGAAAAGAGGAUUUGAUCGUCCUUCUUGGGUCGAAGGUCGUGUUUCGGGACUAGAGCGCAGUUCGUCGUGGUGGACAGAUGGUGACGAUGGUUCAGCCUCAGCCAUAGUCUCCCAUUUCGCGAGUGAUUGGGGUUGAGAAGACUGAGUCGUCUUAGGGGUCGCGGCGGGCGACAAAGAUUUAGCGCCUUGUGAUGAUGCGACUUGGCUCCUUGACGAGGCGCGUGUCCGCCUGGGCGACGCAGUGGGAUGCUUUGCAGCACCUUGAGAACGAGUCAUUCGUGCAUUGGGGGGCGCUUUUGGUGUCGCGAAGUCCAAAGGAAGGGGCUGACUAGCCAGGACGGGGUACUCGUAAUUUUCAUCAGGGAUUUUGCCGUCACGAGUUUUCAGUCGCUGACUGAGCCGUGACGAAGACGGGGGUAUUGAAACCUGAGAUGAAGGGGCUAGUUUGGAUUGAGUGGGUGGGACGUCCUCAAUAGGGUCUGACUGGGAAGCGGACACCCCGCCAUGUCCAUCAGUUUCGAUAGAAUCGUGUUCCUGAUCGUCCGCAGCUUUCUCUCCGGAGGCCUCAUCCUCUUCUUCCUCUGCCUGCGCCCCCUCCGCCUCUCCUGGAGCACCUUCUCUUGGUGGUACUGGCGUCUUUUCGGUGUCGUCUUGCGCUUCUUCGACCAGCUUCUCUGGCGUCGACUGUCCUUCUCUCAGAUGUGCCCUCGCAAGCGCGGCAAGGGCAACGUGGGGUGCAUUUACCUCUUCGCAGGGGGAUGAAAAUUUCCCUUGCUCUUUGGGUUCUUCGUUCGCAACUUCAUCAACCGCAACUUCAUCAACCGCGCCUUCAUCAACCACAUCUCCAUCGACCGCACUUUCAUCGACCGCAUCUUCGCCACCCACAUCUUGAUCAUCCGCAUCUUCAUGUACCGCAUCCUCGCCGCCCACAUCCUCGUCAUCCGCAUCUUCAUCUACCGCGUUUUCACCGCCCGUGUCCUCAUCAUCCUGACAGUCCUGGUCUACUGCAGUACGCUUAGCGUCGGCGUCUGGUGAAUAUUCCUUGGUGGGAGUGGUGGUCGACGUGUUCAAAAUAAUUUCGACGUCUGCUGCGCUUGAGCGUUCGACAGCUGUGUCCUCUCCGCUGUCUCCAAGACGAGAACCGCCAAUUCUGUUAUCCGCGCUACCCGAAGUAUCCGACUUGGACGACUCUUCCACAGCUUGAGGACAUUCCUUGCGCUGGUUCGUCACUUGUUUAGCGGCGCUUACGACGGAAGGAAUCCCAGAUGGCACCCGGCCAACGUUCAAAGAGCCAUCCUCCUCGUCUUGCUCUUCAUCAGAAGACGCAGCGACGCUGUGUCCGCGCCCAAAAGCACGGUUAACUUUGACACCGUCGUCGUCAUCAUCGUCUUCCGGCUCCGAAGAAGUCUCAUCCUCGUAGUCGCUUUUUAUGGGACUGGGGCUCUUCGAGGGGAUAUCUUGAAGUGCGCUCCUUUGAGGAAGUGGGCCGCGCAUGAUAGACUCCAGAUCAGCAUCGAGGCCUAGUAAACUCGACCUCGCCAACGACUGAGACGAUGGCUGAGGUGGUUCGUCGGCAGGCUCCGGUUCCUCAUCAGAGCUUUCAGAGCUACUGCCCUCGCCUUGACCCUGAACUGGAACUUCCUGUAUACGCGCCCCUUGAGGGAUAGAUGGCGUCCAUGGCGAUGAGACAAUGCUGGCGUCACGAAGGGUCAUAACCGUUCUCGGAGGAAUGGCGAUGGGAUCACGUGGUUGGACGGGAACUUUUUUUGUAACGGACGUUAUUGUUUCUAGAUGAGCUUCCAAAUCCUUAACCAGGGCAGCGUGAUCUCUGGAAGAAUCUGCCGUAAGUUCCGCGAGCCUGUUUUGGAUAGAAUCUGCGCCUGCUGUGACUACGGAGCAAGCAGCGGAUGAAUGGAGAGGUUGGGAGAGGCAGAUAGGACACUGAGGUUCCUGGGCUGGUAUCGUCUUCUUCUUACGCUUCUUGGGAGUCUUUAGAGCCGGUGGCGGCGAGGCAGGGGAAGACUCAGAUCGGCCAGCAGGAUUCGCGGAGGCAGACUGUGAUGCCCCUCGAGAAACUUCGCCUGAGGUGAUGUCUUCGGGACCCGCUCGUCUAGACGCUCGUCUUGGUUUCGAAUGCGCGGAUGCCGUAGGACCCUUUUCGUUGUCCCGGGAGCUCACGAGAAGCACCAAGCUCUCGGCAAUGCGUGAGGCUAUGGUAUCAGCUUCAGCUUCAGCUCGAGGCGACGGUACGAGUGUAGGCUGAGUGGGGGCCAAUUCCCCCGGUACAUCAUCACUGUCAACUAUAUCUGUUGUGCGUUUUCGAGCUUUGGACUUGUUCGGUGCUUCGGAAGUUUCGGCGGCAUCAUUACCGACUUCGCUCCUCCGCCGUUUCUUCUUCGGUGCGUUCUCAAGCUCGGAGGCCUCACUGACAGCAGGAAAUUUGCUGCUUUCGGAUUCAUCGGCGCGCUUUUCAGUGCGUGGGUUGGUUUGUUCACCAGUUCCCUUGCGCUUUGAUUUAGUAGCGGGCUCCGACGAUGGUUCAGCCGCGUCCUUGAACUUCUUCUUCACCUUGAGCCUCUUUUUGGGCUUGGCGCCAUCUUCGACUGUAGCUGACUCAACCUUCUCUGGUGCUGGAGUUUGGUUAUCCUCUGGGGUCUCAAUGGUCUCUGGGGGAGGCUGAGGUUGAGAAGGAGAUAGCUCCGCCUUCUUGUGCUUCUUAGCGCGUUUUUCAGUCGGAGGAAGAGGCUCUGUCGCGUUGUCGGGGAGCGGGGAAGAGGCCUUGGAGUUCGCCUCCGCCUGCCCAGCCUUUACCUUUUUAGUCUUCUUGGGUAUCUUAGUAGCAUUUCGUUCGGGAAUAGAAGUGGCGCUUUCCUGUGGGAGAGCGGUCUCUGACGCUGGCGGAGUUGAGGGAGGGAUGAUAGGUUUAAGCUUCUUAGCCGCAGGUUCGCCCGCUUGUCCAAACGAAACCUUGCGCUUCUUCACCGUUGCCGAAGGCGUAGGAGGGAUGACGGCGACUUCAACUUCAAUGACAGGAACGUUAUACGCAAGUGCACGGAGUGCGUCGAAAUCAUCGUCAUCCUCUAAGUCCAAGGUAAUACUACCCCUGAGCUGCUUAAGCCUGAUGUCUGUAUCGUCAGAAAGCUCCAAUUUCCGUCGAAUCGCUUCCUUGGUCUCGGCCAACGACUUCUCUUUGAAAAGCCUCUCGAACGUUCGGGUGCCAGUGUGGUAGGUUAUUCGAGCUAACCUUCCAGGCCCGCUGUCCAUUUCUUGACAGACAGGGACUCACGCCAAAAGAACUC